AUGCCUUCUUUGAACAGCGCGGGGGGCGGCCCGUGGCGCCGGGCACAGGGCUACAUCAACCCCUUCUGGCUGGUCCUCGCCUCCAGCCUCGCCGCCGCCCUCUACGCCGCUUUCUGCCUUCGGGAGUCGGUGAAGGAGCCGAAAGCGGCCGAGCUGUUCACCCUGCGGCACUACCGGGCGGUGUGCAGGCUCUACGCGGCCCCCCAGCACCUCCGCGCCCGCCGGGGCCUCGUCCUCUACUCCCUGGCCUUCUUCCUUCUGGUCACUGUGCAUUUCGGAGCCAAGGACCUCUAUGUUUUGUACGAGCUUGGCUUCCCUCUCUGCUGGACUCCCGACCUCAUUGGGUACGGCUCAGCCGCCAGUUACCUGGCCUACCUGAGCAGCCUGGGGGGGCUGAGGCUGCUGCAGCUCUGCCUUGAAGACACCUGGGUGGCAGAGAUAGGACUGGUCUCCAAUAUUGCUGGACUGGUUGUGAUAUCCCUUGCUACCACAACGCCAGUGAUGUUUGCAGGUUAUGGGACUCUCUUCCUCUCCAUGGCAGCCACUCCAGUCAUUAGAUCCAAGCUCUCCAAGCUGGUCAGCGAGACAGAACAGGGUGCUCUUUUUGCCUCUGUUGCCUGCGUGCAAGGGGUGUGUUCCCUGGUGGCUACAGGAGUGUUCAACCCUCUCUACUCUGCCAGCUUGCACUUCAUGAGGGGAUUCCCAUUUCUCUUUGGGGCCAUCAUUCUUCUUAUUCCAGCAGCUAUUAUUGGGUGGAUAGAAAUCUGGGACUCAAAGCGUGACUACUGUGACUUCUCAGGUGCUUCCCCAUCCCCUGCAGAUGGCUCAAAAGUGACUUAG